UCGGAAAAAACCAUAGUGAAAAAUGGCGGCCAAGUCAAAGAAGCGGCUGUCUAAAAUUGAAAAUAAGUUGUUAAAAUUAGAAAAAUUAGAAUUAAAAGAUGUAUUUUGUUCAAUUUGUCAAUCUAUUUUAAUAGAACCCGUAACCUUGCCGUGUUUUCAUGAUUUUUGUCAACGUUGUUUCAAUGGUAGCAUAGAAAAUAAUGCUUUGUGUUGUCCUCUAUGUCGAUUGCGAAUUGGAUCCUGGCUAAGAACAGCAACAAAACAAAAGAAUUUGGUGAAUGUUGAACUUUGGAAUUUUAUUAAAUCGAAAUUUCCUCAAGAAAUUGAAAUCAAAACUAAAGGAGAAGACAUCCAUUUGCCAGAAGAGAUUCCCCUACCUAGGUUAAGUGAGCCUGGCGAAAUAAGGUCAGAAUAUGAGGCUGAGUUGAAACGCUUAAGAGCUGAACGAGUAAGAUUAGAGCAAAAACACAUACAGGAAACUGAAUUACUAAUCAAGAAAAUUCAAAGUGAAGAAGAAGAAGCACAUAAAAAGUAUCUAGAAAAUUUAAAAAAAGAUGAAAUUUUAGCUCUACAAAUGCAACAAGAUCAUGCUGAUCCUGUACCGCCACGGAACACUCCUAGGAGACUCAAUUAUAGGGCCACCGCUGCUAAACCUAGACUGAAAUCUACCAAGAUAGAUAAUUAUUUAUCUAAACUACAAGUACCCACCACUAAAGAUAACCUUCAAAUAAAUAAUGAAUCCAAUGAUAAUGAAAGUUCUAAUGGGUCGACACCCAAAACUCCUAUAGUCAAGCCCAUGAAUGGAGCAUCACCAGAAAUGGUUCCCAGCUAUGGAAAAUUAAUUAAGAACUUAGUAGAUAAAAAAAGUAAACUUGGCCCAGGUUUAUGGAAUAAAGAAAAUGGGGAAAAUGUCAAAGAAAAAAAAGACGAUCCAAAAGCAGGUGAUAAAGAAGUAGGUAACACUAACACAGAAGACAAGGUUAAAGUAAAAGGCUCUGUGCCUUCUUUGGUUGUAUCCUUGCCACUGCCAUAUACAGGAAUACUCCAACACAAAAUUAAUUUAGCUGAAAAUAGAAAUGUUGAGACUGGAAGUGUUGACUCCAUGCGUCAAGAGUUGUGCUAUUUCAAACCAAUUGAAUCAACAACUCCCACAAGUUUCAAUACAGGCAAGAGCCUGCCUCUCCGAGUACCAGGACUUCGUGUAGAAAAGGAGACAGUAUCAUCUAGUAAUGAACCACUACCAACUCGAGCGCAAUACUUAGAGGGACUUUGUCGCCUCAGAAACUUGUCUUUAGCAAAAAACUUACCAUCUGCCUUUGUCAUUGCCCUAAAUAUUCUCAAAGUUAAUAAGGAACACCCUGGGAAAUGCGAAACUACCAGAUCGAAAGUUAAGAAAAUUGCAUCUACUAGUCCAUGUGUUGCGCCUUUACCAACCAAGAAAAAUCCUAAUAGAAAUAAACAAACUAUACAUAUUGAUGGCAUCAAUAAAUUAAAUAAUGAAAGCAAUCUUAGACGCACGCGGUCCAUGGGAAGCAUUUCAAAAGAUGAAAACGAAACAACACCUAAGAAGGGCAAAAUAAAACAGAGGAAAGUAUCGUCUGAGAGGAAGCCAUACUUACGCAGUGAUUCCAAAAAGUCAAGUACCAAAAAAGAAUUGCACAGUCCAUUAAUUUCUGAAUCAAUAAAUAACAAUAAGGUUAACUUAGCUGUAAAAAAUUUGUCUAGUCCACUAAAAAAUUGUGAUGUUAAGAAAAUAUUAGAAGAACAGCUUAGAAUUGAAAAAUUGAUUGAACAAGAAAAGAAUGAUUACGAAAUGGCUCGAAAGAUGGAAGCGGAGUGGAAUGGCAGGAGAAACCCACGAAGGUCGACUAUUAAACGACAAGUAACUCUUAAUUACGCUCUUAGACCCGCCAAGAAACUAAAGGUCUGAAUUAUCUCCUUAGUCUUAUGAAAGCAUUUUUAGUUAGAAAAUUCCUGUGGUUGUUUAUUUAAUUCUGUUUGUUAUUUUGUUUGUGUCGAAUGACUGUAUAGGUCAGUUCAGAUAAUAUUUAAAAACGAAAAGAAAUUGUAGUUGAAUGAAGCCCAUUGGCAAGGGAAGAGAAAACGCCCAAAAAUAUGGAAACCGCUACUGUUUUCUUGCAUUUUUAAAGCUAUCUGCAGUGAUGUAGAACGAUUGGUUUAAUGUUAAUAAUAAUGAAAAAGAUAAUUCAGGUUACAAAUUCUAUAUCUCUAUUUAUGUUUAUAUUUAGCAAUGCAUAAAUUGGAACAAAAGCAAUCUGGUUGACUUAAUGUGACUAUUAAUUACUUUCUUUGAGACUGUAUGAAUUUUUGCAGCUUACAUUAUUUAUAUUUCUCACCGACUACCUAUUAUUAAUCUCAUAAGUAAAUUGUAUGUAUGUACAUUUUUAUGUAGAUAGAUGUUUAACUACCUUAUUAAUUAUAUUAAAAUGGAAACAAUUAUAAUUUUAAUAGUAUGCCAUGUAUAACUGACGUAAUGAUAGAAUUCAAUUUUUUAUUUCGAAUUUAUGUGAUGCAAAAUAAAUUAGACACCGGGCCCUGGCCGCACUACGGUGGAACCGCGGCUGUUUUUAACACAUUUCAUUGUAUCAAUAAAAGUCAGUACCGCUUGUUAUUGUGUAUUCCACAAAAUUACGCGAUUAAAAACCGUGGCAAUGCUACCCUAGGGCGACCGGGGCCUUCAUGUUCGAAUUUUGGCAAAGAUGCUACAAGGAUAUCUUGCAAUUUUUAUUAUUAAUAUAAAUAACAGUCUGUUUUGAAAACUAAAUGAUUCUGGUCUCACUUGUACAUAGUACAAUAAAAAUAAAGAUGUAAUAAACGCGUCUGGAUAGUCCAGUUCAAAGGAGUUACGUCCAAAAUUACUUUUUAAUGUAACAUAUUUACGAUUGCUAUAGUUUAUUUUUUCACCAGUUUAUCUAAAACCUUAUUGUUACCAAAAAUCUGUCAAAAUAAGGUUUCAUUUGUAAUGUACAAGUGAAUUUGGGCCUUUUUAGGCCAGUACUUAUAGUUCUUCUAACAUGAACAAAAUCGAAGGCCUGGCGUGUUGGUUGCCUAUAAGUAGUAAGCAGUAUAAAUCUGCCAGCUCUCUACAUACUUCUUAUACAUAGCUUUGUUACAGAGUAACCAUUUCAUAAAAGCAUAUAUUUUACAUAACUGCGAGUAUAAACAUUAUUACAUAUUAUUGGUUCUAACAUUUAAGUGCAGACAUUAUGUAGACCUAGGUUGUAACACCGAGGAGAGUUAACAGUUUAGUAUUCAAACCUAGUUGAUCUACUCGAAAUUAUAAUAUAGCCUAUUUACUAUUAUGUCUAAUCUCAUAUUCACUUUGUAAAAAUGUAUCCUACAUAACGUAAAACAGUAUUGGAAAGUAAUAUAAUAUAGAAAGAGCAUUGGACUAAAUAAGCACAUUUGAAUCGUCACCAAUAUAAAUAUAUGGGUAACGAUAAUAUAACUAAUUCAAUGCAGAAAAACUUCAGAUUUCUUGUAUCCUUUAUAUAGAAGUUUAAAGAUUAGAACUUGGUUUGGUUUGUCAAUAAAACUAUGUUAUAAGGCUGUGCCAACUAGGCCAAUAGAGUAAAAAAUGUAUGUAAACUGUGAGAUGUCAGUCACACUGAAUUGAAUUUAAAUAAAAAAAAUAAACAAUACUUCGCCGGCUAACACAUUGCGGCUCAAGCAUACAUUGGAUUAAAGGCAGUUGCCCCAAUUAAGUCCAUUUCAUAUGGGAAGCAUUUAGUAUUAUAUAGUUAUUAGAAAUGUGCUAACGAUAAAAUCGUAUUCAAUGUGGCGGUUACAAAAUAAAACAACUCGAUUAAUCUUAUCUCAAUUUAUUUAAAAACUUAAAUUAUGCUCAAAUUCUCCUCGCGGGUGUGUUGCUAAUUGUCACGCAGGUGCAGCGCGCAGCGGGGACCUAUAUUUGUAUUUAUUCUCGUUGCUUGCCAUAUCGUUUUUAGUUGUAGCUCUGCUUACUUCCCACUUAUCGUCGGUGGUACAACUGCCUUUGCCCAAUCCCUUAAAGAAAUACAUAUGAAACAGGAUUAGGAACAAAACUUACAACAUUGACAUACAAGUUCGAUGUAUUAUCCGAGUUGUUUAAGACUAAUCUAAGCUUUGCUCUCAAAUUCUAAGUAUACAUACAUACAUAAUAUGUAAUUAGGGUGUGGUUAUCCGUCGAUAACCGGCUGUUUGGCUGUUUUUAGGGUUAUUACCAUUUUCGCUUAGCAAUUCGUGGAUGAAAAAUGAGAAUGUGAUUAGACUUUGUUUGUAGCAUUUCCAUAGCCCCAAAAGGGGUCAAGAGCGAAAGGGCGAGUCAAACUCGCUUAAUAAGUGUUCUGUUAAAUGCCUAUAUCACAUGUAUUUUUUUGUAAGAAAUAUGCUAUAAAAUAUAAAUUCUUUUGUAAAGCAAAGUGUACUUUAUUGUGCAGCAUUAAUAACUUUUUUCAGUAGUUAUUAUUUGACAUACUGCUUAACAUUUGUAUAAAGUCAGAUAGUCGGUUAGUACGACGGAAGAUGAGAAUAAUUAUGUAAAUACAGCUUUUAUUAUCUAAGCAAUUCAUCGGAAGAUUCUCAUUUUAAUAAUUCUCAUGGUUUAUUCGUAAACGACUAUCCAUGAUCUCAUGACAUGUGAUUAAACUUGUGAUUUAAGGAUUUUAAGUUUAAAAUGUAUAGGUGUUAUGUAUAUGUAUUUAUAAUGUGGUGCUCUUAUCCAAUUAUCGUAAUAGAAAGCUUCCACUAUUUGCAAACAAUAUACCUACUUUGGAAAUGAAA